AUUCCAAGAGAGGGCAAAUGGUCCUUCUUGUCUCAUUCUUCUGCGGACGCCCAUGCCUUUUAAUUAAAUUGCAAAACAAAUGUAAAAUCGACGAGUCGGUCUUUGAUGCGAAAGGUUCAUGUAUUAGGUAUCUCUAUCUGUCAGGUAAAAUUGGAAACUAAGCUCUGUUACAAGGACCGUCUCGCGUAAGGUAUAUGACGGAAACGCUUUCUCAAUAAAGCUCGCCGUCAUCCGUAUCUCUGUGCGACACGAAAUUGAAAGGAAAUCUUUCAAUUCGAGGUUAUUACCCAUUUACUUGUUGCGCAACUUGUUGUAAGCGGCCGUCCAACCGUGGAUGUAAUUCGUGGAUAAAUAAUUCGUCUUGUGCGCGAAUCAAGCCGACACAUGUUUUAAAUUUACCGGUAGAGCCGUAUCAAUUAAUUGCGCAGUAGUUCACAUAUCGCUUCCGACUGCGCAUCUCUCUCGAGUCGACUUAUCGAUGAAUUCAAAGAAGGCGCCAUUUUACAUCGAAACGUCGACGAACGCAGGAGAUACUUCAAGCGAGAGAGACAUCCGAUUUUCGAUCCAUCAGCCUUCAUCCUCUCUUCGUCGAGAAUGCAAAGAGCCUCGGAGUUUCGCGAAAUUCGGCGAUCGUGAAUCUUAAUCGUAGACCAUCGACGAGGAUAAAAACCAUCUCUCUCUCCUGCGACAGUGUGUUGGUGUACAGUGAUCAUACGGAAAUUGAUGCGUACGGAAUCACGCGGAAGCGAGAAAACAGCUGCCGGAAACCCUCACGCCGGAAGAAGAAGAAGAAGAAGAAGAAGCAGCAGCAGUAGCAACACGCGAAACGCCGAUCUAUCGCCACGGGAUCGUCCAUGCACGUCGUAUAUACGUGUGUGAAGAGAAAAGCGGCUUUACAUUAGGACGACUCCUCCGUUAGGUUCGUCUCAUCGUGACGAUGCUGAAGAUCUCGUCGGCCGCAGCGAUGGAAACAUGAGGACCGUGACAGAUCGCGCAUCCGAUCGACGAAGCUCCACUCCUACCGACUAUAAAUGACCGAUGUGACGCAACCAGUCAGGAAUAUUUUUAUGCAAAAUGAUUCGCGCCCUUGUCCUUCUCUGCAUGGCCAUCAUUCUACCUCUCUUACGAUGCCACAAGAUCCACGAACAUAUGACAAGGGAAGAGAUGCUAUCGGUGUUUUACACGGGACACGAGUCCGUGCCGCCGUACGAAGUCGUGCCUGUGUUGCAUACGGUGCACAAGAGGAACGUGGACGCGAAACCGCAGAUUCAUCUGAAGGCCUUCGGCAAAGACAUCAGCCUUUCGUUAAAGCCUACGAAAGGAUUGUUGACGGCCAACAGCCUGCCAAUGUGGACCGUCACCAGAAACACGUCGCAACCCGAUGGCCUUCAUUACGAGAGGGUAAAGGAUGUUGAUGUGGAUAUCGGUGACAUCUAUCAAGAUACGGAGAACAUGGCUUCCAUUCUACUGCACCGGGACGCGAAUGGGAAAGUGCGCGUUGACGGAACCAUAGGUUCAGAAUUAGUCAUUCGACCACUGCCAGAACGAAUUCUACAGGAAGUAGUGAGCGAGGCGUCAGCCCUUCACGAACCCGAAUUACUGCCUAAUGUAACUAAAAGCGAAAGCUUACAACACACAAGUCAUCAUAUUGUUUUCAAAAAGAUCGAUCGACCUGUCGCCGACGAGUAUAAUGAUUUUUCAUUUAUGGAGCCGGAUCGCUUAGCCAAGAAAUACAGAAGCAAACGUUCGACCAGUAGCAGAUCGAGACGCGAAGCACCGUACGUCAUUUACCCGGAAAUCCUCUGCAUCGUGGAUUACGACGGGUACAGAUUGCACGGCGGCGACAACGUACAGAUAAAGAGAUACUUCGUAUCCUUUUGGAACGGAGUAGAUCUGAGGUAUAAGUUAUUGAAGGGGCCAAAAAUACGUAUCAGUAUAGCGGGAAUAAUUAUUUCACGGGGACGAGACGCCACACCGUACUUGGAAAGGAAUCGCGUGGGAAGAGACGCGAUCGACUCGGCAGCUGCUCUGACUGACAUGGGCAAAUACCUUUUCCGGGAGAGGAGACUCCCAGUAUACGAUAUCGCUGUCGCCGUAACAAAAUUAGAUAUGUGCAGGAGGCAAUACGCGAAUGAUGUGUGCAAUAGAGGAACCGCAGGAUUCGCCUACGUCGGCGGGGCGUGUGUCGUGAAUAAGCGUCUGGAGAAGGUGAAUUCGGUCGCCAUCAUCGAGGACACCGGGGGAUUCAGCGGUAUCAUCGUCGCUGCGCACGAGGUGGGCCAUCUAUUGGGCGCCGUCCACGACGGUUCACCUCCGCCGAGUUAUCUAGGUGGCCCGGGUGCCGAGAAAUGCCGAUGGGAAGACGGAUACAUCAUGAGCGAUCUCAGGCAUACCGAGAAAGGCUUCAAGUGGUCGCACUGCAGCGUGUCCUCCUUCCAUCACUUUUUAAAUGGUGAUACAGCGACCUGCUUAUACAAUGCGCCUCACGAAGACGAGGCGUUGCCCAGAGUACUUCCGGGAAAACUUUUAUCCUUAGAUGCGCAAUGUCGGAAAGAUCGUGGAACAAGCGCUUGUUUCAAAGACGAUCGAGUUUGCGCUCAGCUGUUCUGUUUCGAUGCUGGAUCCGGAUACUGCGUGGCGUAUCGUCCAGCAGCGGAAGGUUCGCCCUGCGGGGAUGGUCAGUACUGCCUGAAUGGAAAGUGCGUGGCGGAGCACGAGAACAUAAUACCGGAUUAUACUCAGAACAUUCCGACCUACGUACGCCGAGAGAACAUAUUCAAUCCUACGCUGCACAAUCGGCCGAUAUUCGCUCAGUAUAACAACACAGAUUACAGGUAUCCAUGGGAAUCAACGAUGACAUUCAGCACAUCAUUAUCGGGCAUAACCACACCGACGACAAUAACGACACCGUCGGCUAAUCCUUACAAACACGUCACAAUACCGGUCGUAACUACGCUAUCGAAAUAUACACAGACAACUGUUAAUGAUUUAUACACCGAUCAAUAUAAGACCAAAUACAACAAUAAUAAUAAACAUAAUAAUAAUAGCGAUAUUGAUGGCGGCGUCAGCACCACCACUCAGAGAAGCGUUAUGAAUUUCUUCAACUCGCACUACACCGUCAGUACCACUCCGAAGGUCACUAACGGUCCAAAAAUUAAUCCGUUCAAGUAUAAAAGCGUGAUGUUGCUUUCCACGACGACCAAAGGAUAUCAGAACGGCCUUCGAAAUGAUGGCCGCGGAAUAGAGGCCGGUGAGUGCACGGACGUGGGAUCAGAUUGCGCGGAGAUGAUUGACAGGCUGAGAACAUGGCUGUGCCAUCUACAAUCUGUGAAGAGUCGCUGCUGCGCGUCCCUGAAAGCUAUCUGUGCUGACUAAUAUGUAAUGACAUGAAAAGAAAAAAGGAAAAAGAAAAAUCAACGUUGGAUAGUUUGCUCGAUGAUACAGCGCACGCUUAAAACGUUCGCCACGAGGAUACUGUCAAACACAUGUUAUCGCUUCGCCGUUGUGACAUAUCCGAAAACAGGAGCACUGGCGGAAAAGAAGAAGCCCCCGAACAGAUGAAUUUUUCUUCUCUUUGUUAUCUUCCUCCCAUUUUCUUUCUCUUUCUCUUUCUAUUCUUUUCCCCUUUUUUCUCUCGAAGAAACGUCAAUAUCUUUAUAUCGUACUUUGAUUGCUACUCUCCAAAAGUAGCUUCAAGUAUCCCAUACCUCUAGAUAUAAUUUGUUACGUUGUAAUAUAUAGUACAGCGAAAGAGCGCUUCGCAACUCGGAUGUAUCGAAAUGUAGCGAAUCUAAAAAAAAUAAUAAAAGCAGAGCGGAUACUGUCAAUUGGUAACGAUGAUAUAUUUCGGCUACGUUUAUAUUUAUUCGAUGUAAGGAACGAUCUCGCAAAAGACUCGUUACAGGCACAGGUGCGUCAUGCAUAUGUUCGCAAGCGUAAGCGUGCGUGCGCGCGCGCAAGGAUGGAGCUUAGAAAUAACAGAAAUUGUAUAGCGCAAGACAAUAAAUGGGAAUAAUUAAAAGUU